AUGGCGCCUUCCCGGAUACGACCCGCACUUGGCGUAGCGCUGCUCACGCUAUGCGCCGCGCUCUCCGCGCUCUCUGCGCAAGCAAAGGGAUCGCACCCCAAGGGGUCCUGCACCCCCGUUAAAAGCAACGUCACUAUCCCGAUAAAAACUGCCGCCGAUUUUCAGAAGCGGAAACAGCAGGGCCGCAACCAAACCGUCGUGCUUAUGCUGCAGAACAGCCUGCUGCUCAGUCAAGGAAGCGGGUUGCUCUUUGACGCGGAUUUCUCCUGCACUAUUUUAACCGCCGCGAAACCCAACCUGUAUAUCAAAUAUAACGACGACGAUAUGCCGACGCUUCGCAUAUGGAACACGAGCAACGUGCUUGUAUACGGUAUCAAUUUCCUCGUUGCAGUCACGACUGGUUCGCCUCAAUGCCCGAACGUACCCGAGGUGGGUACGGGGGUUAACUGUCCCGCCGUACACAUCUCCCGGUCGUACGGUGUCAUCUUCGGCAAGUCUACAGUGUUCGGACGCGUUGACGUACACAGGAGUAUGAAUUCGCGAGUCGACAGCAUCAAGGUUACCGGCACCCCGACUUUCGCCAGUUCGCACGGGGUCAUUCGCGUGGCGUACAGCGGACACAGCACGAAGCUUAUCAAGGCGAACAUCGCUAUAUCCAAUAACGAGGCGUAUGGUGUUGACACGCCGAUCGUCUUAUAUCGAGGCGCUGUGGGAGUGAAAGUGUUUCGAAACUACGUGCACGAUUUCAUCUUCGCGGGGAUCCGGUGCGGCGCGGACGUGCAUUUCUCGGGCGACUGUAUGAUGACGAACGUUUCCAACAACCUUGUAGUUGCUAAAGGGCGCAACACUAACGGGGAUCACGACGCGGCGGGGAUUUACUACUGCACGCACUGGUUCAACCCGGGGAACGUGGCGCAGUGUAACUACGUCUUUAAUGGCGAUCAUUGCUACUAUUUGGACUAUGACACGUCGGACGUGCGCAUCCGCGGCGGCGCGUGUAUUAACACGUACGACGGGAUUAAAGUCAACAACGGCAAAAGGAACGUCAUCAAGGACGUUGUGAUGAAGGGACAGAUCGGUGCAGUGGGGUGGUGCACGUGCCUCACGCCCACCGUCAACAACUGCCUCAAAGACCCAGGGCUUUAUUGGGAGAACAUGAGGAAAGCUUACUACGACACCCCGGCAUUCAGAAAGUACUGGCCGUGGUGGAAGAACGUGUGUCAGGAGAGCGCAGUCAAUGCAUUCAAUGGGCUGAACUGCCACCUCAUCCUCUUUCCCCUCCCUCCGCUCCUCUCUCUCUUUCUUCCCCCUUCACCAGUACUGGCCGUGGUGGAAGAACGUGUUACUGGCCGUGGUGGAAGAACGGUGUGUCAGGAGAGCGCAGUCAAUGCAGUCAAUGGGCUGAACUGCCACCUCAUCCUCUUUCCCCUCCCUCCGCUCCUCUCUCUCUUUCUUCCUCCUUCACCACAUUCCCAUGUGAAGGUGGGCUCGGUUCCUUCCGCUGGGUUCCGGAAUUACAAGCGGAAUGAUCUGGGUUUGAGGCUCUGGUCGGAUAUCCGGCUCAAGCGGCCGAAUGUUUUGAGCUGCCCGAGACGGGCAACGGGGCCGCAGAAGAAGAUUAACGCGGCGUGGUACCUGAGGAGGUUCAACAUUGGGAAGCCAAAGGGGUUUGAUGAGGUGCUGACGAUGACAACACUGCACCUCAUGGACCAAUCAAAGAUUCCCAAGUAG